AUGGCGGCGGAACCGCCAGAGCCCGCAUCCUCGCUGGAUGCUCAGCUCGCGGUCUCUUCCUCUUCCGCCGCAGCCGGCGUAGGCGGCCCCAACCCGUGCUGCGCGAAGCUGUGGAAGAAGUACCAGAAAUUGGAGACGAGCCGGACGGCGCUGCGGGAGGCGGUGAAGCUCCUGCAGGCUGAGAACGAGAAGCUGCACAAGGAGAACUCGGAGCUCAGCAAAGUGUUCAAGGAGGAACGCCUCCGAGGGGAUUCAGCAGAAGCAGCUAGGGCAACUGAGUCUGAUGCCAGAGAUCUACUGGAGAAGGAGAUAAUUGAAUUAAAGACGCAAAACUCGAGUUUGAAGCAAACACAAAAUACCUGCAAAAAUAAUGAUGAACUUUUAUGCAUCUCUGAAUUGGAGGAAGAAAAUAGAAAGCUCAUACAGGUGUUAGGAGAAGAAAGUAAGAAGAUUACUUCUGAGAAGAAAAUUUUUGAAGAAGAAAAGUGCAAAACUCUAGAAAUGCAUAGGAUAUUGAAGUCAGAAACACAGAAGUCUGAAGAGUAUAGAAGAGUUGCUGAUACGGAAAGAAAAGCUACCAAUGAUUGGAGAGCAUCAUGUGAAAGGUCGAGGAGUGAAGCAAAUGAAAUCAGAGCACAGUUGACUGCUCAGGUUAAGAAAACAGAAGAAAUGCUUAAAAGGGCCGAAGCGGAGAAGCAGAAGGUAGCCAGAGAAAAGAAACGUGCUGAUUCAGAGAAAUCAUUAUCUGAAAAGAACAAAGCACUUAUUGAAGUUGAGAAGAAAAAAGUAACGGAAGAGAAGUGCCGUGCUGACAAUUUAUUUGCAAAGUUAGAGGAGCAGAAGAAACUCAGUGAACAUUUGCGAACUAGCAUACAGAGAAAGGCAAAUGAAUUCUCUGCAGGUAGAGAUGUAAUUUCUUCUGGCAAGUAUGGGUGGCGACAUGUUGAUAGAACUUCUUUGAGUGCAAAUGUAAAGCUUCUCAAAGAGAAGCUUAAGCUGAAGAAAGAACAACUAAAGCAUGUAAAGAAUGUGUCCAAGCUAGAUAAAGCAAAAACUGCUUUAAUAAGAAGAGAGCUUCAACGUUUCAAGCAAGACUGGACGCAGCUACUGAGUCGGUUUAACAUGCUGGAUGACCACCUUGCUCGCGGUGUUGAAGGUAUUCAUGUCUUAACAGAGUAUCCGGAGAUACGUGGCUUUGAACAGAAGCUGCUUCCUAAUGAUUCAGUUCCUGCCCCAUAUUUUGGGUUGCAGGCUGGGAUAGUUCCAUUUGGCUCUUCUAUCCCAAGUGAAUACACUUCAUAUCAGUUACCCAGAGAAAGCUGCUCACGACCAAUCUCAGGUACUAGUUCUCACAGAACAAAGUCAAAAAGUCAGCACAGAUCUUCAUGUCCAACAUCCAUAUCUGAUGAAAAAUUCAUGGGCUCACAGGGUAAGGAUAGCCUAUUUCUCUCAUCGACAGAUGUAAGAAAAAAAAAGAAUUCAGUUGUUCCCGAGCUGCCUCCUAAAGUUAGUAAUGAUAGAGCAUUGCCUCCAGAAGCAUUGAGGAUACCCUUGUCUUGUGGUAUGGAAGUUACAGAUAAAAGAGAAACGCAUUGUGGUGAUAGGAAGAGAAAAAGGACCAAAAGGUCUCCAGAACCCUCUGCUUAUCUUCCCUCUAAAAAUGAUUUGCUGCAUUUGAAAUCAAAGGGGCAUGCCGCCACUUCAAAUGUCGCAUUAGCAUUUGAUGAUGAUCCUUUGUGUCUGCAGCAAGGAAAUAACACCAUGUGUGUGACUGAAGGUGACAUGAAAAAUCAUAGGAGAAAAUAUCUUGCUGUCUCUGAUAGAGCUCCUCCACUCAGUUUCCCUUCUAAAGUGUUUUCUUGUGGAGGAAUUGGCUGUGCCAGUAGCAAGUUUGCUUCAUUGAUCCCCUUUAAGGAAAUGGUCAGGGAAAACUGCUUAAAGUUGCUCAAUUUGGAUGAUGAUGCAGAUGAGGAAAAGUAUAGAAAGGCAAAGGAGAGACCCCUUUCACCAAACCUGACCGUUAUUCGACCCCGUAGAACUAGGAUGCCUACAUAUGCAGAACCUCACAGUUCGGGUAGAUCUCUCAACGAUUGUCCUGCCUUAGGAUCUGAUGCCCUUGAUUCCAAGACAAGGUCUAAAGCAUUGGAAGUUAAAGAGCCUGCAAUUCAGAAAUCGACUCAAAAUUGUAUCCAGCUUGAUCCAUCGUCAAAUAUAAUCGAGUGUAGUGGCAUUGCUAAACCCGUUUUCGCGAAUGAUAAAUCCAAUGCAGCUGUCAAUGUUUCUUGUAGCACCAGUUUGGUCGUAGUGCCAACGAACGCUUCUUUUGGCAGCCUUUUGCAUGAGGAUGUGGCCCAGAAUUCUGUAGCAUCUUCUGCUGAGGGAUUAGACAGUAUAAGCAGACCAGUGUUAUCAGGAAGUACCUGCAGUGGUCAUUCAAAUUCCAUUUUACAUUUAUCCAAGGAAGUGCCUACCAAAAACAGCUCACAUCAGAUUUGUGACAAUUCAUCAAGUCCUGGGCUGCAAGCUAAUGUUGGGACAAGUGAAAUAACAGUGACCAAGCCAAACAACUCAGUCUCUAAUAGUUUGCUUGGGCAUCAUUGUGGAUCUGAAAAACCUCCAAUGCACUUAGUUGGAUUUACAAGAAUGAAAAGAAGCAACAUGAUGAACAUAUUUCGGUAUUGGGAGAUGCUGAGUUCUCAAUCUCAAAAGCAUUCUAACAAAGCUUUAGUUGAUGGUCCAUUGCUUGAUAAAGUGUCAACUAACACAUUGCUACCUACAGAUGAGAAGGUUUCCCUCAUAUUUUCCCUUUUGUUGUGGGAUAUUAGAUUUGCAGAAGAAACUUUUGCGGACGGAAAUUUUGCCUCAUCAGCUUUUUCGUUGAGUGUGAAAUCUCAUAUGGAAACAAGGUGGACCAUUCUGAGAGGGGAUGAGCUGGAUAUUCUUAUCUCCUUAAUUGAAGAUUUUCUCCUGAACAAAGAAGUUGUAGUCUGCGAGAAAAUGACACAGAAGUGGAAUAACCGCGCCUGCUCAAAUGAAACUAUCACAAGGUGCAGUUCUCAUUUGGGAUCAAGUGGACUUGAUACCAGCUGUAGUGAAACUUGUAAUAUCUUCAAGCAAGGAAAACUAUCUGAGGAUACUCAUAACUACCCUGCAGCAAUUAACUUAUGCUACUUCACCGAGCUAAUUUCUUUGCUCGAGGUCUUUGGGAUUUAUAUGAGCUGCGAGUGGACAUACAACAAUGUCGUUGUCCGUCUUCUGGAGAUUCUUGAAUCGUGCAUGUGCCAUGACUAUUCAGCUGCUCUGUUAGUACUUGUCAGCCAACUUGGAAAGUCCUUUGUCGAUGAUGUUGGUUAUGAGGAGAGAAGUGUUAGUAAGCUGAGGAACAAAUUAUCAUCAUUGUUAACAGGGACAAGUUUUACAGAGUCAUGGAGUUUCAGUGUUCAGUUUACUGCCAUUGGUGCAUUGGUCAGUGUCCUUCCACUGCCAUUUGACAAAAUUGUUGCCACUGAAAGUAGACAAUUAUCAGGUCCCUUUGUUGUGCAAGUGAAACAGAUUUCUGAAUGGAUGAUGUUUAUUCUUGAGUGUCAAUGUUAUGUUCUUGAGUGUGGAGAAGCAAGUAAGGAACCAAACAGUGAAGCAUUCGGAGAUGCAAAUGCAGAACACCAGAACCAAGAAAUGUCAGGGUUUGGUCAGGCUCGGAUCGGGUCGUGGGCUCGUGGCACGAGCGAGCGAAAGCGCGAAAAAUACCCUGCCGCUGACCACCCCCAGGCCCAGUCCCCCCGACAGUUGUGCGAUCCCCAGACAGCGGCGGCGGCGAUGAGUAUCUCAGGCGAGCUUCCCGGCGAAGGAUCUGACGGUGAGGAGGAGGUCUUCAUCAACGAGGAGGACAUCAUCCACGAGAUAACCAUCGACGAAGAAGAUCUCCCCGACCGCGACGAAGAAGAUGACGACAUUGGCGGCGGGAUGGUUGACUCAGAAGACGUCGAUGAUUCUACAUACACAUUCCAAGGCCACAAAGAUGAAGUCUUCACUGUUGCGUGCAGUCCUACAGAUGCAUCACUUGUGGCUUCUGGAGGCAAAGAUGAUAGGGGAUUUCUGUGGAGGAUUGGAUCAGAAGAGGGUGCCUUGGAGCUGACUGGACAUAAGGAUACUGUCAGCACAGUGUCUUUCAGUUCAGAUGGGAAUUUGUUGGCUUGUGGAAGUUUUGAUGGGCAAAUAAAUGUGUGGAAUACAGCUACACGAACUCUCAAGGGAACCCUUGAGGGUUCUGGGUCAGGUUUUGAGUGGCUUAAAUGGCAUCCUCGGGGACAUUUGAUAAUCGCAGGAUCAGAGGAUUGUAAUAUAUGGAUGUGGAAUGCUGACCAUAAUGCCAUUCUAAAUACCUUUGCUGGACAUAGUACCACAGUGACAUGUGGUGAUUUUACUCCAGAUGGUAAACUUAUAUGUACUGGAUCGGAUGAUGCAUCUUUGAGGAUAUGGGACCCAAGAAGUGCACAAAGCAGACAUGUUGUUCGAGGCCAUGGCUAUCAUUCUGAUGGAUUGACAUGCUUAUCAAUGACUUCGGAUUCACAAACGGUAGUUAGCGGCUCCAAGGACAGUUCUGUGCACAUUGUGAAUGUAAACUCGGGCCAGGUUGUUGGCUCAUUAAUAGGUCACACCAAUUCCAUUGAGUGUGUUGGUAUCUCGUCAAGCUAUGGCUGGGUAGCUACAGGGAGCAUGGAUCAAAAGCUGAUCAUCUGGGACCUCACGCACCAAUCCAGCCGAUGCAUUUGCGAACAUAAUGAGGGCGUGACAUCACUGGCAUGGCUAGGCUCGUCAAGGUAUGUUGCAUCAGGAUGUAUUGACGGCAAGGUGCGCAUCUGGGACAGCCUCUCUGGAGACUGCGCCAGGGAGUUGAGUGGGCAUGCAGAUGUAGUACAGUCGCUGGCCAUCACUGCCGACGGCAACACCAUGGUCUCCGCCUCAUCAGAUGGCUCCGCCCAUGUGUUUGACACCUCCAUGUUCAAGUGA